AGAGCACAUCCCAAGGUAUCGCGAGAACUGCUCCGGGAAUCCCGGCUGCGGCUGCGGCGCGCGGGUCUCUGCCGCGGGAACUGACAUUGCGUUUCCGUUGUCGGCCUCUUCUGCAGGAGCCAUAUAUUGAAGACCAUGUCUGGGAGCUUCUACUUUGUAAUUGUUGGCCACCAUGAUAAUCCAGUUUUUGAAAUGGAGUUUUUGCCAGCUGGGAAGGCCGAAUCCAAAGACGACCAUCGUCAUCUGAACCAGUUCAUAGCUCAUGCUGCUCUCGACCUUGUAGAUGAGAACAUGUGGCUGUCGAACAAUAUGUACUUGAAAACGGUGGACAAGUUCAACGAGUGGUUUGUGUCAGCAUUUGUCACUGCGGGGCAUAUCCUUACCUUUUUAGUAAAGAUAACUAAAGUUUGGGUUCACAAACUAGAACAACAUGAACAGAUGCCAGGCUCUGAGUUUGUAGACUUCACAGUCAGGUGAAAAUGUAAAAGUUUCCAUUUAUGGGGCUACUUAUCUUUUCUUAGUGGGGGAAAACAUUUUGUUUAACAGCGAAUUUUAAAACAGUCUCAUGCAUAAAAAAAGUUUAUCUGAACCAUUUCAAGGGUGAUUUUACUUUAUGUUAUAAUUUUCUAACUCUGAAAGCCUGUGUUCUCUUUAUGAUAAAACUAAGCUAAUUUUAAACCCAGUUUAUGUAUUCAACUUUUCCAUCACAAAUAUACUGCAUGUGACUGAUUUGAAGAAUAUUGUAUCAAUGAACUGGUUGCUUUUUUUCAUUUCUAAGAAAGAUUAUGUCUUAGUUAUGUCACAUAAUUUAUUAUGACAUUUAUUAUGCUUCAUGACAUAAGACAAGAAGAUGGAAUAAAGAACUUCUUUACUGAUGUUUAUGAUUUAUAUAUAAAGUUUUCAAUGAAUCCUUUUUAUGAACCCAAUUCUCCUAUUCGAUCAAGUGCGUUUGACAGAAAAGUGCAGUUUCUUGGGAAGAAGCACCUUUUAAGCUGAAUGCAGGAAAUUCUGAAACAAAUGAUGUCACCACAAUGGUGUAUACUCAGGAAUGUGUGCAUUGUAAGUUACUUGAUUAAAUAGCCUGGAAAACUUUUGUGUAGUCUCAGCUGAUCUAAACCUAAUGAAAUUCCUUUUAUAUUUAAAAAUCGUACAUUCUGUCUCAUAUCAUGUAUCAAUUGGUAUUUCCUUGUGAACAGUGUUAUUUAUAAAGAGUUCGUUAUCAAAAAUAAGUAUUUUUAUUUAAAAAUUGGGAAUAAGCUUUUGACUUGCCCAAUUCAGAUAGGUUGAUCUUUUGCUUUUUUGAGAUGGAGUUUCGCUCUGUUGCCCAGGCUGGAGUGCAAUGACGCUUUGCCCUCUGCAACCUUUGCCUUCCGACUCUAAGCGAUUCUCCUGCCUCAGCCUCCCAGAGUGCUGGGAUUACCCGUGUCAGCCACCAUACCCAGCCCAGAUAGGUUGAUCUUAAUGUAACAAUCUCAAAACAAAUGUCAUAGUCAAGAUUUUGUAGAUAGAUUGAAAACUAAAUAUUUAAAACUAAAAUAUUCUGCAGUUGGGAAUGAAAUGUGAUAGCACAUAAUAAAUGUUAAUUUAUUUAUACAUUUAGAGAUGUUAUAAAAAUGUAUAGGCAGUAUACACAGCACUACUCAAGAAGCCAAAGAAACACUUGUGCAGUGCUAAGUGUCACAUGUCUGCUUCUGCCAGAGGCUAGGAAUAGUGAUCCUGCAAUAAUGUGAGAACCUGGAUCCAUGUUUGUAGAAUAAGAGGAUGGGAGCAGUUGCAGGCCACAGUGAAGUUCAUUGUUUCUGUCACUUUAUAUUCUUGUAUUUCCUUUCCCUCAAACUGUUGAUACCAGUACUUACAAAAAGUUGUAAGGCAAUUUUUAGGAUUGUUGUCAAAGAAAAGCUUGGAUUACAUUAACAUUUGUCUCAGACUUUUAGAUGAUACACCAGAGGGGGCUGGGAAUGGUCUCCUUGUUCCUGUAAGUAGAUCUUACUGUAAAAUAGUAAAUGUCCAUUGAAAAGCAAGUAAUACAACCUUUGCUAAUUGGGAGCAUAUGAACAAUUUUGUUCCAUUCUGACUAACUUUUGAGCAAUUCUAAGCUUUAUCUUGUAUCCUUGUGAAAUUGCUACCAUCAUCUUUACCCUAUUUAUUUGAUUUCUUAAAUAAAGAUGUUUGUUCAAGAC